AGGAACGGUUGCUACGGCUGAGGGACUGCUCUGUUGCGUGCUGUGUUUGCAUGGCUUUCCUCUGGGAUCGUGAGCGGAUGAAGGACCUCUCCAGUUCUCUGUUUGUUGGCAUGAGUUAUUCUGGCUCGCUCCAUGCGUGGGAGUCCUGCUUUGUGGCGUCCAGAUGUUGCCGGUACACGUGUUUGAGAGCUGUCUGCUGACAUGAUGCUUCACCGUGUCAGUACUUGUCUCCGUCUGCAGACCUUUCCUCUGGAAACACACAGUCACGCUCGAGCUCUCCUUCGGCUCCUCUUCAGGGUUUCGGUGUCUUGUGGCAUGAGCAUCAGUGUUUUUCUCCCUAUGGCAGUGCCUUGUUUUUCCGGUUUGCGCUGUGAUUAACGGUUGGUCUCGGCUGUGACGUGUUUGUGCUGUUGUCUCCGUUCUUGGACGUGUUUCUUCUGAUCAUGGGCUGCGUGUUCUCCUUACCGGAGGACCGGCUGGUGGACAUAGAUAGUGCUCAAACAACCAGGGAAACCAGCUUUAUUGACAAAAUGAAGAAAACGGGUAGGAACAUCGUGGUGUUUUACGGCUCACAGACGGGCACGGCUGAAGAGUUCUCCAACAGACUUGCCAAAGAUGCUCAUCGCUACGGCAUGAAGGGAAUGUCAGCAGACCCAGAGGAAUAUGACAUGAGCGAGCUCUCCCGUCUCCCUGAGAUUGAGAACUCUCUGGCCAUCUUCUGCAUGGCCACGUAUGGAGAGGGCGACCCGACCGAUAACUCCCAGGACUUCUAUGACUGGCUACAUGAGGGCGAUGCCGACUUCACCGGAGUUAAAUAUACAGUGUUUGCUCUGGGGAAUAAGACAUACGAGCACUACAACGCUAUGGGAAAGUAUGUGGACCAGAGAAUGGCUGAGCUGGGAGCACAGAGGAUCUUUGACCUGGGAAUGGGAGACGAUGACGGGAAUCUCGAGGAGGAUUUCGUGUCGUGGCGAGAGCAGUUCUGGCCGGCUGUGUGUGAACACUUUGGAGUGGAAGCAACGGGAGAAGAAUCCAGCAUCCGUCAGUACGAGCUGAAGGUACACAGCGAUCUGAACAUGAAUAAGAUCUACACUGGAGAGCUGGGACGCCUCAAGAGCUUCGAGAACCAGAAGCCGCCUUUCGACUCGAAGAACCCUUUCCUGGCUCCGGUCACUGUGAACCGCAAGCUCAACAAGGCCGGGGACAGACACCUGAUGCACCUGGAGCUGGACAUCACUGGCUCCAAAAUCAGGUAUGAAUCGGGAGACCAUGUGGCUGUGUAUCCCAUCAAUGACAGCGUCAUCGUCAACAGGAUCGGUGAGGUGCUCGGUGUGGACCUGGACACUGUUAUCUCGCUCAACAACCUCGACGAGGAGUCCAAUAAGAAGCAUCCGUUCCCGUGUCCCACCACGUACCGCACCGCUCUGACCCACUAUCUGGACAUCACCAAUCCUCCGCGCACAAACGUGCUUUAUGAACUGGCACAGUACGCCACUGACCCCAAAGAGCAGGAGAACAUGAAGAAGAUGGCCUCCUCCUCGCCCGAGGGCAAGGCGCUGUACCAGAGCUGGGUGCUGGACUCCUGCAGGAAUAUUUUGGCUAUUCUGGAGGAUCUUCCGUCUCUGCGGCCGCCCAUCGAUCACCUGUGUGAGCUCCUGCCUCGACUGCAGGCACGCUACUACUCCAUCGCAUCCUCCUCCAAGGUUCAUCCCAACAGCAUCCACAUCUGUGCUGUAGUGGUGGAGUACCAGACCAAGACCGGUCGGGUCAAUAAAGGGGUCGCCACUAACUGGCUGAAGAACAAGACGCCAACAGACAACGGACACAAGGCCACGGUACCCAUGUACAUCCGCAAGUCUCAGUUCCGCCUGCCCUUCAAGUCCACGAACCCUGUCAUCAUGAUCGGCCCGGGCACCGGCAUCGCCCCCUUCAUGGGCUUCGUCCAGGAGCGCGGCUGGCUCAAAGAACAGGGUAAGGAGGUUGGAGAGACGGUGUUGUACUACGGCUGCCGUCACAAGAACGAGGACUUCCUGUACCAAGAGGAACUGAAGGAGUUUGAGAAGACCGGAGUCCUGACGGAGCUCAACGUAGCUUUCUCCAGAGACCAGACUGAGAAGGUGUACGUACAGCAUCUUCUGAAGAGGAACAAGGAGGCCGUCUGGAGACUGGUUCACACAGACAACGCUCACAUCUACAUCUGCGGAGACGCCCGAUACAUGGCGCGGGACGUCCAGAACGCCUUCUACGAGAUCGCAGAGGAGCUGGGAGAACUGAGCCAAGCUCAGGCCGUGGACUACAUCAAGAAACUGAUGACUAAAGGACGCUACUCGCAGGACGUCUGGAGCUAAAGCAGACCGCUUCUGUUCAGUCCUGAUGUGUGCUUUCAUAGAGAGGAGAACAAAUGUGUUCGCUGUCAUCCUGCAGACAGAAAACACACACAUUACCUCAUCCUGAACAGAUCCCGUCACAAAUACUGUGUACAAUCAUGAUCCUCACAUACUAAUCAAACACAUAUGCAUGAAUCUUUAUAAUCGUUUUAGUAAGACCAGACUAGAGCUGGAUGAAUGCUGGAGCGCUUCUGUGUUAGCGUGAAGAGACUUUAACUCACUGUUAUUGUUCUGAACUUGAGGAGAGAGGUUUAAACAUGACUCUUGGAGGAGUACGAAGAGUGUUUUCUGUGAUUUUCAGCCUUCAGAUGUCAGAAACAUCCCAGCUUGUCCUCGUAGCUCUCUGAACGCCUGGGUUUGUCUUCUCACACUUUUAAUAGAGACGAGGAAACAGAUGCUGGUCUGGAGGCAUCGCUGCUCAAAGGUUUACUAUUUGGGAAGAUGAUAGAAAUCUAGAAAGGGGUAGUUUUUUUGCUCUUUUUUUUACGUAAUCAGAGUUUUGUAUGGACCUCAUAUAUCUGACACACACAGCUGUUUAGGCAUAUUUGUAAUGAUUAAAUAUAACUAACAUCA